CGACUCUGAUCGACAAACGGCAACUGCAAUCUCUCGUCACUCGUGUAUCAGUUGAACGUGUUGUUACACAGCCGAAGGAAGCGUAAUGUGCACAUUAUAAAACACUAUUUCAGACAAAAAUAAAACAAUGUAUGUGUUUUAUAGUAACAAGUACUUAAUAAAUGAUUCAAACACUUAGCUUUCGACGCGCUAGUCUAUGUGAGAUAAUAUAGUCCUCGUUUACCAACUAGUAUACAGCCUACUUGCCGUGUUAAAUAUGAAGCUGUUCAGUGCACUAUUGGUGUUAGUAACUGCUUGCGUGCUGGGCAGAACCAAUGGAGCUAACAUACUCGGAGUGUUCCCGAUCAACGGCCGUAGUCACUGGGUGGUCUACGAGAGCUUGAUGAAAGCACUAGCGGCACGAGGGCAUAACGUCACUGUUAUCACGUCAUUUCCACAAAAAUCUCCAGUCGCUAAUUUUACAGACAUCGACCUGUCCGGAGUAAUGCCAUCACCGGUUAGCUCUUUAAGCAUUGAUAUGGUACGCAACGUCUUGUCCAGCGUAUUCUCCAGCCAAGCUUUUAUAGCCGACCUUCAAUUGAAAUUUUGUCGCGAAUCGAUAAAACAUCCGCAAGUACAAGCGCUGCUGAAAAGCGACAUCAAAUUUGACGCGGUAUUCACCGAGAUAUUCGGGUCGGACUGCGACGUCGGUUACGCAUAUCAUUUUAAGGCGCCACUUUUGUCCGUCAUGUCCAGUUCGCACCUACCCUGGAGUUACGACCGUGUCGCUGGACCGGACAAUCCGUCGUACAUACCCACUAUCGUGACAAGGGUAGCUGGUAAAAUGGACUUCAAGCAACGCAUGAUCAACACUUUCUACUAUGUAUACUUCAAAAUCGCGUGGAAAUACUACAGCGAGUGGCCAGCCGACGAGUUCUUGAAGGAAAACUUCGGGCCUAACACUCCGUACAUCAACGAUAUACUUUACAAUACUUCUAUGGUGUUUGUAAACGGGCAUUUUUCACUGGACGGGCCACGGCCGCUCGUGCCCAACAUGGUAGAAAUCGGCGGUGUGCAUUUAAAACCCCCGGGGCCAAUACCCAAGGAUAUUUUGAAAUUUAUUGAAGACUCGCCAAACGGAGUGAUGUUAUUCACAUUCGGCGCAUUGAUACGUGCAUCCACAAUUCCAAAACCUGUACUACAAAUAUUUUUGGACGUGUUUGCAAAACUUCCAAUCCGUGUUUUGUGGAAGUUUGAAGAAGACAUACCAAACAAGUCCGACAACUUGUAUAUUAGUAAAUGGAUGCCACAGCGAGAUAUUCUAAAUCAUCCCAAGGUGCGUAUAUUCAUGAGCCACGGUGGCCAACUGGGCGUACACGAAGCCAUACACUCGGGCGUACCCGUAAUAGGCAUACCGUUCUUCUUUGACCAGCCUAGGAACAUAUUGAAACUUGUCAGUCAAGGCGCUGGUAUUUUGUUAGACUAUGAUUUACUGUCAAGAGAGUAUCUUUCCGAUGCCAUCAACACGAUAAUCACCAACAGCAGUUAUCAAACCAACGCUAAGAAAUUAUCGCAGAGAUUCAAAGAUAGACAGCUAAACGCUACUGAAACAGCAGUGUAUUGGACUGAAUAUGUGAUAAGACAUAAAGGCGCCAGACAUCUAAGAACUGCAGCCGUUGGAAUGCCGUGGUGGAAAUACUAUUUGGUUGAUGUAAUUUCGUUCAUCACUAUCGUCAUUUUCGCUGUACUUUAUGUAAUUUAUUUCAUACUUAAAACUGUGUACAAGAAAUGUACCAAAAAAAACGUACCAAAGAAAAAAGUGAAGAAAAACUAAUUAUACUUUUUUUUUUUUACGAAAUUAUAAGCACGGAAUACGAGAAAAUAAAAAUAUACAUUUUUC